AUGGCCAACAUCGCGUGGGCCGCUGCCGCGGCAGGCGCGCGGCCGCCGGGGGGGUGGGUGCGCAGCCUGGUGGCGGCGGUGUAUGCCGACAUGGGGGGCUUCACAGCGCAGCAGUUAUCCAACGUUCUGUGGGCGUUGGCGCGGCUGGCGUUGCAGGAGCAGCAGCAGCAGCAGCAGCAGCAGCAGCAGCAGCAGCAGCAGCAGCAGGAGCAGCAGGACGAGCAGGGCAAGCAGCAGCAGCAGCAGCAGCAGCAGGGCUCCGAUGUGGAGCCUGAUCGUGCGCAGCGGUGGCGGCGGCCGGAGGCGGCAGCGACGGCUGCGCCUGGCCCGGAGUGGAUGGAGCGUUUCUGGGGUCAGCUGGCGCGCGUGGAGGCGGAUCUGGAGCCCAUAGGGCUGUCCUCCAUCCUCUGGGCCUUGGCGGUGCUCGGCAUCCGGCCCGCCGCCAGGUGGGGUGCUCUGCUGGAGCAGGAGGUCGGGGUGCUGGCGCCGGGCGCAGACCCCCAGGCACUCAGCCUGUACGCCUGGGCACUGCCGACCAUUGGGCGCUGGUUUGCGCGGUUUGUGCGGGCCACGCUCCCGCCCAUCCGCGCCGCCGCGGCCGACUGGCAGCGGCAGCAGCAGCAGCAGCAGCAGCAGCAGCAGCAGCAGCAGCUCGGGGACAGCUGUGCCCUGAAUGGCAGCAGCGCUGGCGAUGCGCAGCGCCCCGCCCCCGCGGGCCCGGCAGCUGCGCUGGCGCAGCCGCCCGAGGAGGGUGGUGCGCUUGCCCAGCGGACGUUCACGCCCGCGGGGCUGGCCAUGCUGCUGUGGGGCAUCAACGGCCUACGUCGCCACACGCAGCUGCCAGAGGCGUGGCGCGAGGCCAUGAUCGCCGCCACCAUGCGCACGCUGGCUGCCGCCGCUAACGUGCAGCCGGAGCUGCCGCCCUUGGGCGCGCCACGAGUCGCCGCCGUGGCCGGGUUCUAUCCUCAUGAGCGGCGCCGCGCGGCGCCCGGCGUGUUUGCGGCGGCGGAGCUGCCUUGUGUCCUGUACUAUAUGCUCCGGGCCAAGGCCUCGCCGCCCGGGGAGUGGGUCGAUCUGUACACACAGCUGCUGCUGCUGCUGCUGCUGCUGCUGCUGCUGCUGCUGCUGCUGCUGCUGCUGCUGCUGCUGCUGCUGCUGCUGCUGCUGCUGCUGCUGCUGCUGCUGCUGCUGCUGCUGCUGGCUAAUGACCCUGCAAACGCUGUUCCCCCCACCCUGCAGGCCGCGGAGCCUUACGUGCCUCACAGCAGCCCCCGCCUCCUGGCCCAGCUGCUCUUCGCCCUCGCCCGCGCCCGCGCGCCCCCGCCGCACUCGCUGCUAGCCGCGUGCCUCGCGCGCGCCGACGCGCUGCGGGACGCGGGGGUGGUGGCGCCUGCGGGUGACGCGGCCAUGCUGCUCUGGUCCCUCGGCGCGCUCGCGCGCCAGGCCGGCGGUGGCGGUGUGUUCGGCAGCGGCGCCCUCAGUGCUGCUGGCUCCUUCAGCGAGGACGCCUGGGCUGGGGACGACGACCAGGAUUGGCUCGGCUUCGCCGCCGCCGGCGACGCCGACAGCGGCAACGGCGGCGGCAGCAGCAGCUUCGGCGCUCUCACCGGCGGGCCCGGCGCGAACGGCGGCGGCGCGGCGCUGUGGGGUGGGCCGCCGCGGGGGUGGCUGGACGCACACCUGGCGGGCAUGCAAGGUGUGCUGCCCAACAUGGAUCACCGCCAGCUGGCGAUGGUCAUCUGGGCGCUCGCCGAGCUGCGGCACCGCCCCAGCCCCUCCUGGAUGGCCAGCUUCCUGGCAGCUGCCCAGCGUCUACUCGACCCGCAGCAGCAGCAGCAGCAGCAGCACGAGCCUGCAGGCAGCAGCGGCGGGGCCGCAGCCGACAGCCCGACCGAUGGCGGGCAGGGCGCCCCUGCGUCGCUGCUCAGCGUGUCGACGCUCCUCGCGUCGCUGCGGGCGCUCGACUUCCUGCCGCCGGGCGGAUUCAUGGCGGCCGCGCACGCGGCGGCGGCGGCAGCGGUGCGGGAGGACCCGAGCCCAUCCCCGGCGCAGCGCGAGCUGCUGUCGGAGCGCGUGAACGGCGCUGUCGCCUGGUACAAGCUGCGCGUCAGCCAACUGGUCAAGCCGGGGGCCGGCGGCGGCGGCGGCAGCGGCGCUCCAACAGACACGGGCCGUGACGAGGAAGAGGAGGAUGAGGAAGAGCGGCGGCGACGGCAGCAGCGGCGUGUGCGGGCGGCGGCCGCGGUUUUGGUUGUGGGGGCAUCUGCUGCUGCUGAAGGCGUGGGGAGGCAAGGGGCCACCUAG